AAAUUAAAAUUAAUGUUUAUCUAGUUCUUGAUUCAGUUUUUUUUUGAGUUGUCAAGUAAUUUUGGAAGAUGUUAUACAUAUUUAGGAUUGCCUUCCUAAUUUUUGUUGUACUUGCACAGACUGACACAACUCCAUUUCAUGAGACGGCUUCCAGACAAGGUGAAGCCAAUGCAGAUCAAGCAGAUGAACAACUUAACAAUGAGGCAAGUAUAAUUUUGAAAACUGUUGGUAUUUAUAAAAUUAUGAAUUUGGUUGUACUUAAAUUAAUUUUUGGAAGUUCUUGUACGUGUUCAUAAUCCCAUUCCUGACUUCAGGAUACACGAGAGCCUAUGAAUGAGAUCACGAAAGAGACACCUGGUUCUCCAAUAGCUCAACAGAAUAUUGAGACUCCAGUCCUUACUCCAAUUCAGACGCAGCAGGAGACUCACGAGCUUAUGAAUGAGAUCAUUUCACCAAACAUUUCCGACACACAGCCAAAUACCCGAGCUCGCAGAAAUCUUUUAACAGAGCAAAAUAAGGAUGUAGAAAGCAGAGUUCAAAAUCCCUUUGAGAUCGGAGCAAAUGUGGAGAUUUCAUCACAAGAUGACAAUACUUGUCAUAAAUGGUAUCCAGGAAAUGUGUUGGCAACAUAUUUGGUUGAUGGGGUUGAGAUGGUGAAAGUUGAGUACUCCGUCCCGUCUCUGGACGAAAAGAAGAGGAAAAGGAGUGUUGAGACACGUGUAUCAAUUGACAGAAUACGUCCUCAACCACCACCUGAGAGAUCUGGAGCGAAGAAAAGUUAUGAGCUAAUGCAGGACGUGGAGGCGUUCGACAAUGGUGCCUGGUGCGCUGGAAAAGUUAAAGUCAUUUUGUUUGAUGGCUCGUGUUUUGUCUCUUUGAACAAUUCUAAAGAACAAAUUUACUUCCACCAUUCUGAGAUGCGAAAACCAAGAAAAUGGGUAGAUGGUGUUUGGGAGAUGACAAAAAAGAUGGAAGAAGAGCAGACGCAGAGUGUGAAUCCAAGUGAAGGAGAUGGUGAUAAAAAGGGGAAGGCGAAGGCUGUCGCUUGUAAGAAAAAUGAAGCAGCUGGUCCAUCAGAAGAUGGUGUUGGGAAAAUGGCAAAAGAGAUGGAAGUAAAGCAGGGUAAGAGUGUGAAACCAAGUCAAGACGAUCAUGCAAAAAAGGGGAAGCCUGAUGUUGGUAAGAAGAAGAAAGCAAAUGCUCAGCCAGUAGAUUUGCUUCCUUUUCUACAGCGAGAAGAGAAGAGGCCAAUACGACCUAGAAACCCUCCUAUACCUGUAACACCUGAGGUAAUCCUUCCAAUUGAUCCAUUUGUGACACCUGAAUUUCCUCGGUUUUCAAGGCUUGCACACUGGAUGGAUCUACGGGGCAUAUAUCGUGUACCGUUUUAUAUCAAUGGAAAAGAAAUUGAAAAAGAGUUCUUUCAAAAAAUGGACGAUGCAGAAAACAAUCUCAACAAAGAGCACAUAAAUGUUGCAUUUGAAAUGCUAAAUUGUAAGAGGGUUGAGCAAGGUGCUUGGUUCCGCAACAACAAUCUUCCAGCAGCAUGCUUUGUACCAGUCAAAUUCUUAGAAGUGGUUGGGUACGCUUAUGAAUCUGUCAGGAAGCCACAUAAGAAAAAAAAAACGUUAUUGGAGGGCUGUGUAGGCGAACUUGUGAAAGGUUUAAUACAUCCAAAGAAGGUAUGGCUGGAAGAUGUUGAUGUUAUAUAUGGUGUCAUUGAAGAUAAGUUGAGCUAUCACUAUAUUGGGGUGGAGAUACAAUUGAUGGACAACACAAUCACACUCUUCCAUUGUGGUCUUCCAAAAGCAAAUAUCAAACGUGCUCUUAAUCAAAUCCAAGAACUGGCAGUGUUGAUUAGUGCCAUAAAGAUGGAACUUCUUGGUGAAGAGGUUAAUUUCGAAGAUAUCAGUCCAUUUGAAGUUAAGUUUGCAGAAGGGCUUCCAAAGACAAAAUUUCCAUACAACUGUGGUAUUUUUGUUGUGAAGAUGCUGGAAUGCAGGUCACUGGGAUUGAAGAGCAUGGCUAAUAUAAAUGAUGAAACUGCGAUGGACUUACGAAGCAAGCUAUGUUGUGAGAUCUUCGACCAGUUUAUGGAUAAAGAUUUCCAGGAAGGUCAAAGGAAGUGAAAAUGUCAUAUUUGUUCUGUUUUCUACUCUGUUUUUCUACUUUGAUAUUAAUUAUCCCUAACGUUUAAGUUUAAGUUUGUAAUGAA